GCCCAGGCAGUCCUAGCGUGCAGGCAGGCCGGCUGGCUCUCACGCUCGGCUCCAGGCUGGCCUCCAUCCUCCUCCUCCUUCUCCUCCCGCUGGCAUGCAGAAGAUCCAGAAGGAGCACCUCUACAAGGUGCUGGUGAUCGGAGACCUGGGUGUGGGCAAGACGAGCAUCAUCAAGCGCUACGUGCACCAGAACUUCUCGCCCAAUUACCGGGCCACGAUCGGCGUGGACUUCGCGCUCAAGGUGCUGUCGUGGGACGCGGAGACCGUGAGGCUGCAGCUGUGGGACAUCGCAGGCCAGGAGCGCUUCGGCAACAUGACGCGGGUCUACUACCGGGAGGCCAUGGGCGCCUUCGUCGUCUUCGACGUCACCCGGCCCUCGACGUUCGAGGCGGUCACCAAGUGGAAGGAGGACUUGGACUCCAAACUGAGCCUUUCCAACGGGAAGGGCGUCGCCGCCGUGCUGCUCGCUAACAAGUGCGACCAAGGCAGGGACGUGUUGACCAACAACGGCAUCAAGAUGGACCAGUUCUGCCAGGAGAACGGAUUCGUGGGCUGGUUCGAGACCUCAGCCAAGGAGAACAUCAACAUCGACGAAGCGGCCAGCUGCCUGGUGAAACACAUCAUCGCCAGCGAGAACGACAUGCUGCAGGCCGAAGUCCCCGACACCGUGUCGCCGCAGCUCAACUCGCCGCGGAACGCCUCCUGCUCCGCCUGUUUCCGCUCCUAAGUCCGCUGCCGCGUGCAGCUGGAGAGGGCGGGGCUACACACCGGUGGGCGGAGCCACACCCUGGUGGGUGGGGCCACAUUGCAGUCGGGGUGGAGCGACUGAGCAGUGGGGCUGGACUGGGCGGAGCCUCGGUCUUGAGCAGAAACGCAAGGCAGAGCUGGAACUGGACCCCAUGCCUUUGGACCCCUUGAACAGUUUGUCCAGUGAUUGUGAUUCUAGAAGUGUGUGUGUUCAUGGUUCAAGUUGUGUGUGUUGUUUUAUAUGAGGUUGUAUGGAAAAAAAUGAAAAAGAGCCUUUCCUGAUGUCAUCGUUUAUAAUCCGUCCUGAUGUCACGACCCGCUCCAAGUCCAGUGUGAAUCCAGUGCAGCACGUGUCCAUUUGCAGUGCGAGUCCAGUGUGCUACGUGUCCACUUUCGUUACGCGGAGUGCUGGGUCAUCGAACCCGUGGCCUCGACGUCACGCAGCGAAUGUAAUGCGUGGGAACAUGUCUGAUUCUUUAGCUAACCCUGCUACCCAGGCUACCCUAGGGGAGGCCUGUCCAGGUAGCUGCUGGUAGGAGACAUGCAGACGUCCC